CAUCGCAGUUUCCCAAUCCUUUUUGCCGCGCGAUAUAUGAAGGAGGAUUAAAGUCCAGCGGGCGGAGUACGUCUCGAAGUUGAGUACGACCGAUCUAGGCAGUCUCGCAGCAGCGUCGUUACGUGCGUCGUCAGUUUUUUUCCAACUCUUCGUUUCACUACUUUCGCAACCUCCACGCAACCUCCGGCACGCAAGAGAGAACUUUCUCGCAAAAGGAACGCGGACUAAGCUCACGCUAGUGUCCGCUUGACGAAGAUUUCCCGGUGUUUCAUUCUUGCAAUCGAGAAGACAGAUCGUCAAAAUGGUUCAAAAACCCAAAGUAUAUGUGAUCGGCGUUGGGAUGACAAAGUUCGAGAAGCCCGGCAGCAGGAACAAUUUCGACUACCCGGACAUGGCAAAGGAGGCGGUGACCAAGGCCCUGGAGGACGCACGCGUGGUCUACAACGACGUGAAGGCCGUCUGCGUUGGGUACGUGUACGGUGAGUCGACCUGCGGUCAAAGGGCUGUUUACCAGAUUGGGCUCACCGGGUGUCCCGUUUACAAUGUCAACAACAACUGUGCUACCGGCUCGACCGCUCUUUACCUCGGCAAGCAGAUUAUCGAGAGCGGCAAUGCGGAUUGCGUCCUUGCACUUGGCUUCGAGAAAAUGGAAAGAGGUUCUUUGACUCCCAAGUUUAUGGAUCGUACAAAUCCUAUGGAUAAGCAUUUUGAACUUAUGGGGGAAAUUGCAGGUUUUUCUGAAGGUCCUGCAGUCCCUCAAUUUUUUAGCAAUGCUGGGAUAGAGCAUAUGAAAAAAUAUGGCACAAAACCCGAGCAUUUUGCAAAGAUUGCGUACAAGAACCAUUUGCAUUCAACGAACAAUCCAAACUCUCAAUUCCAAGAGGCAUAUUCUUUGCAACAAAUAAUGAACUCUCCCAAAGUAGGUGAUGUACUGACAAAGCUCCAGUGUUGUCCCACUUCUGAUGGUGCGGCAGCUGCCAUUCUAGCUAAUGAGGACUUUGUUCGAAAACAUCACUUAGAGUCACAGGCCGUUGAAAUUGUGGCUAUGACAAUGUGCACUGACACAACCGCAUCAUUUAAUACUCGAUCAUGCAUGAAUAUUGUUGGAUAUGAAAUGACGAAAAACGCAGCUGAAAAACUCUUUGCAUCAACAAACUACAAGCCAAGUGACGUAAACGUGGUAGAACUACAUGACUGCUUCUCUGUAAACGAGUUAAUCACUUAUGAAUCCUUGGGAUUGUGUGGUCCUGGUGAGGGCGGCAAAUUGGUAGAUGCUGGAGACAACACCUACGGCGGCAAGUAUGUUGUAAAUCCGAGCGGCGGUUUGAUCUCGAAAGGACAUCCUCUUGGCGCCACAGGGUUAGCGCAGUGUGCCGAACUUACCUGGCAACUUCGCGGUCAAGCUGGAAAGAGGCAGGUGCCAGGCGCAAAAUUGGCACUUCAACAUAAUAUAGGUUUAGGUGGUGCAGUAAUGGUAGCUCUCUAUCGCUUGGGCUUCCCGAAUCAAGCGAUUGUCAGAAAGAAUACAAACGUCGCUGCCGAUUCGAGCAUUUUCCAAGCGGACAUACUAUUCAAGACGCUGGCAAUCGCUAUGGAGGAAGACGAAGACGGGUUAAUCGAAAAAGCACGCGGGAUUUACGGAUUCAAAGUUAUAAAUGGUCCCGGUGGCGCCGAAGGAUAUUGGAUUGUGGAUGCAAAAACAGGCAAAGGCAAAGUCGAAUAUAAUGGCAAAACAAAACCUGACGUAACAUUCACGAUCAGCGAUACCGACAUUGUCGAUUUCAUUUCUGGAAAAUUAAAUCCGCAGAAAGCUUUCUUCCAAGGGAAGGUUAAGAUUCAAGGAAACAUGGGGCUUGCUAUGAAAUUGCCUGAAUUGCAGAAACGCGCCGCUAAAAAGAUCGAAUUGCUUCGCUCGAGAUUGUAAGAUAUUCAAAGUGCAGAAUUUGCUAAGAUAGCACAUGAAGCAAAAUACGUUUCUGUCUCUUUCUCGCGCGCUUUCUCUUUCUCUGUCUAUCUAUCAAAAACAUUACAUUAUCGGAAUUUCAUUAUGAUAUGUAAUUUAGUGUGUUAUAAAAUUCAGAUUUCCGAUAAAGCUUUAAUUGGAAUAAACAGACAGAUAAGAUAAGAAUAGCCUUGUAUAUAUUGGUGAUGCAAAAAAAAGUUAUUCGUAUAAAAUUAAUUGAUAAUAAAAUUAUUUCGUAUUAUAUUCUCGCGCAUGAUGUUCGUCAUAAUUUUGAUACUUUAUACAUACAAAUGUACAGUCUCUGAAAUAAUAUUUGGAACAUAAGAGUAGUACAGAAGUUUUCUAAUAUCUUCAUCUUGUAUAUUUUUAGAAUAUGCAUUGACAGACUUAUAUAGUAAAAAUCAAGACUAUAUUGUGCACAUUUAUGCAAAUUUAUAACUAUGAAUUUUGAAAAAAUUUAAACUACUUCGCAACAUUAUCCUUAAAAAAAAAAAAAAACAAUUUGUAUGCAAAUGAAGAUAAAUAAUUUAUACAAUAUAUAAAUUCUUCUAUUAAACUUUGCGGUUCGCGUAUGUAUUAAGCUGUUCCACCAUCUUUUUCACUGAAACAAACCAUGGAUAUGAUACGAAUUGAGUUGUACAUUUUUACCAUAAACAUGAGUCGAUAUAAAAAUGCCUAUUGAAAAACUAAAAUAUUGUUUUUUUUGCUUUUAAAUAAAAUUAAUAUUUUCACAUACGUUCAAGUAAACUUAUCAAGUAUGCAACCGGAAUGCAAGGUCCCUGUUUGUGAUAACUACAGUUUUAUCAUCUAGAGUUUCGAUAAAUUUGAUAGCUCCGAAAAACUUGUACAUAUGUGUGCAGCUUAAAAAUAAUUAUGUGAAUAUACUAAAUAAUUACUUUUUAAGUAAAUAGAAAUUAAAAAUUAAAUAAUGAGAAUAAAACAUGCGAUUGAGAAGCAAAUUUUAAAAAAGUGUAAAUAGUUAUUUGCACUAAGUAAAAAUUUUUAAGUGUUUCGUGUAGUCACAUUAUUAAUUAUAAUUGAUUAAGUUAAACAAUUAUGGAUAAAGAAGAAAGAAUUAAAGAGCACAAUUUUUUGGUAUAUGUUGCAAUAUAAUUUUAUUCACAACUUUCGAUCUGAAUUGAGUCUGCUACACCACUACACGUUCCAGUUUAAUUUAACAAGUUAGUUUGGUGCAAGCAUAUUUAAUAAUUUUUCAUAUUUGCUUCAGUCACUUGCUUGAAUAAAAAUAACUAUGCAGUUUUAUUAUUUAUUCAAUAAAUUUGCAGUUUUUAUUAUUUAUACAAUAAACAAGCAUGCUUGCAUAUGCAUACUUGACAAGUUUACUUGAACGUGUGUGUUCAGUUUAACAUCGAAAUUUAUGCGAUGGCAUUAUGCUUUCUGCGGAUCUCAAAAUAUUAAUACAUUUUAUACUUCUUAUUUUGAGACAAGUGAUAUAAACAUUUUGAAUAAUCUUUCUAUAAUGUACAUUUAUAUAUGUAUAUAUAAUCUCAACAGCUCAUCAUUUAGCUGUGGUAAAUAGUAGUAAAAUGUUCUCAAUUGAAUCCAGAACAAUUACACGCGUGUAUUGAAACGCGAAGUUUAUGCAUUUACAUUCCGAUGAAGCAAUGAGCAUUACUUCUAUUGUACCAUAUAACGGUACUCCUAAAUCGCGUUCUAUAUAAAAUAUAUUUUAUAACUUUCAAAUUACUCUCGAAUCAACCGCAAUAUAUUGUUGCACAAAGUAUAAUAUAAUUGUAUUGUCGCUCCCUAAGAUGCAAUUAUACGCUGUUGUACAAACGCAGUUAUAUGCAUCAUAAGCAGUAUACAUGAAUUAUAUUUAUACUUAUUAUUUUUUUAUUUUAGAAUAACUUUUCAGGAACUUAUGUGAAAAUUUUAGACGUGGAACUUUGAUUGUUUUUUGAUAUUAUGUUUGUUUAAAUCAGCUGUUGAUUAAUAGUCAUAUUAAAAAUUUAUAGGUUUUUACUAUGCUUUUACAAGAGUAUGGAUUAAAACAAAAAAUAUUUUAUAUAAGUUUCAAUUAAAUAUAAAAUUUAAAUGCUUCUAUAAAUAGGUACACAAUAAACGCAUAGGAGUUAUACUGUAAAUAAUACCACAAAUAGAAGCAUUAAAAAUUGUUAAAAAAAAAAAAAAAAAUCUGUUGAAACAAAGUAGUUUAUUAAAUUUACUUUUCUUGAAGUAAUUAUACUUUUUAUUAGAUAUUCCACAUUUUUAAAAUAUUAUAUAUAGAAACUAAUACAUUUUUAUAUGAGGAUGGAGAAGAAUAUAUAAAAGUUUGCUGUUUUACACAAUUAUAUAUAUGAAAAUAAAGUCACGCAAUAUGAACACGAAUAGAAAGUUUCAAGACUUCGCAUUAUUUUCUCUGAGAUAAAUUAAAUUCCAAUAAUGUGCAAUGCGCUUUAAUUGUAUUUUAAAGUGAUUAGAGGUAGAUAACUUGGCGAGGUAAUGCAAAAUAUUAAAAUAUCACAUUCGGCAUCAUAUGUGGCAAGUUAAUUGCUUGAUGAUGAUAUAUGUAUAAUAAUAUAAAUGUAUCAUAAUAUAUAUUAUAUAUGACGUUUAUACAAUUUUAUACUAUGACGGAGAUACAGGUGAAAUGUUUGGUGUAUUAAUAAAGGUUAAUAAAAAGAAA